GAAACGCAUCUGAUUUUAUGUAACGUACGCUAUGUAGCGAAUAUAUUCCCACAAUAAAAUAGUUAAAAAUUGAGAUCAAGUGACUGUGCACAGUUGAAUUCCACUGGGUCUAGACGUUCAGGUGCUAGCUACAGACAUAUAUUUUCAGCGAAACGUCUAUUCUCAGCUAAUCAAUUCAGUUUACUGGCGAAUCACGUUUCGGAACUGACCAUGCGUGACUAUGCUUAUUCUAGAGCCAAUUACUCCCACAGGUGGAAGUAGGUGGUAUGUACCUACAAUUUGACGCCCGUAUCAGCUAAUUCACGUCCGGCUGAUUCGUGAUAGAACUCUAACGCUAGGAAUGUUUUGUGUAACUAGCAAUUGAUCAAACGAGUAUUGGUUUACUGAUCACUAUCUUCAGCUACAUCGACACCAAAAUUAGCGUGAAUAAUUAAAGUAUGUUCAAUUUCACCUAACAUACGGCACAUAUCGGAUGAAUUAAUCAUUGACAUUAUUAUCGAUUACCCUUUGAGCUCUGAUUCGUUAUAGAUUGUAGUCUACCGUAUCCAAACCUAGAACAGUGCUCAAUCACAUACGUUUAGGGUCAAAUAUGUACGCAACACGCAGCACCGUUGUUAGUCCAAAAUGCCCAAAUUGAUCAUGUUCCCCGGAUCACAAACAAUGUCGUUCGUUUUUUCAAUUUUCUUUUCACUAUUUUUUAUUCAUUCGGUUUAUUUGGCCCUAUCGGCCACAGGUAGCAGGCAGUUUAUUUUAAACCCAGCUUUGCGUUGCGGAGACUAAAGAAGCUGGCAGGUAAGGCAGAUGCAAUACCAAUCGAAACAGACCUACGCAAACAAACUCGAUUGUGAAAGUGUAAUCACACGGCUCGGGAAGUCAGUCUCUAGUAAACUGCUGCAUUGAGCAGCAUAACAAUGAAUCUACGUACGGUGGUUUGGUUAUCUAGUUAUAUGUAAUUUAUCUUUUCUAGUUCUAUUAUCAUACAUAGUUUGUGUUGUGAGGUGUAAAAAAUGUAAAUAGUUGAUUUUUUUUCAACCAGUUAUUACAAUUUGUAAACGUGCCAUUCGAUAACUCUCUAUCUAAGGUUAAAUUAUAAUACAUGCAAACAAACAUGGCUCGUAUGAAUAUCACUUCAUUGUGCGUAGUUUUGCUUACAGUUUGCAUCUCAAUCACCCAUGCUUUGAAGUGCUAUCGAUGCAACAGCUUCGACGAUCCUGCCUGUUUCGAUGUCUAUUUUGAAUCCUCUGGAGCUAGCAACGAUUCGAUGGUGAGAAGACCUAAAUUAGAUCCAUUCCUGGUGGAGUGCGGCCAAAAUGAAACCGGACGGGUACCGUUUUGUCGAAAAAUUACAAUCACAGUACUGAAAGGCGAACAUCAUCGAGUCGUUAGAGACUGUGGUUACGAGCGGUCAAAUACGGAUUGUUAUAAGGCAGAUAACGAAGGGCAUCUGGAAACGGUUUGUCAAUGCUGGACGGAUGGAUGCAAUUCAGCCGUACGGAAUGGGCACGUGCUAGUACAGUUUGUUGGAUUUAUUGUACUUUUGAAAUUGUUUUAUAACUAAGAACUUGAGUAAGAAAUUUCACAACCAAGCACUAAAUUUAAUUUAAUUUGACUAAUCAGGCUUACUUACAGUAAAUCUUAAUUUUGGUUACUGGAAAACAACCCACCACUUCUUCACUCGUAAAAAAUAUAUACGUUAAAAGCAUCAGAUAAGAUGGUACUUCAAAAUGGGUCGUAUAUGAGUAUAUCAUUUUAUUGAUAAAGUAGCAUAUCAGAAUCGUAAAGGUCAAACACCGAAUCGUUAUUGCGAUUAUUUAUGCAAUUUAAUUGACGUUACCUAUCUUGUUUGUGCAGACCGUAACACAGGAUUUUUACCCCUAGGUUCGACAAACGGCAUCUAAGCUCGAAGGCUAACACAUGGUAAUGAAAUGAAAGUCGUAAAUUUAUUGUUCCAAUCAUAAUAAACAUACCUCGUAUUUCGUAUAUAAGUUAAUUUGAAAUUUUACACACUAAUUUUUAUUCAAUCAGCAGUCAAAUGUUUGUACAUUUCAUGACCUAGAUAACACCAACACUUUGAGGUAAAAAAUAUUUCUUUUAAGCCUCCAUAAAAUGCCCUUCGAUUUUUGUCGAACCAUUCCCAUCGAAGCAGUCAGAGCAAAUACGACGAGGGGUGAGCCCAAGUUAUCAAGGUUUCCUUCCUUAACAAACAGCCAACUGUGCCAUUUUUAGAAAUAUGUACGGCACUGUAUAGGGCACUAUUUACUGUAGUGUGUGGUAGAGCAAUUCUAAUACUUACUCAUACCCGGAGUAGACAGCUAAAUAUAAAUUAAGCAAUGCAUGAAUUAUUUAUAAGCUGUAAUAAUCAUACUGCCAGAGAGUUAGGAUUUGUCAGGUUUGGGUUCCUGCCGUAAAAUUCGAUUGUAGGCUUUCGUUUAACUAAUUAUUGUUCAGCUUCAACUUCCUGGUAUCAGCAGAUAUUUACAGGUUGAAAUUUAUUCAUAACAUUCAAUUGAUAGUUGGAAUCGGUUCUUAUCGGGUAUCAAAAGAACGAUUUAUUAGUAGUCUGCACGAACUCUCACGUUAGAUUGAAUUGUGUGCGCUAAUUGUUGAGUCACGUUUCUGAGGAGUCGAAUGUAUAGAAAUUCAAUUCUAUAACUCUACUGAAAUCAUUUCACUUCUGCUACUAAUUUAUCAGCCUUCCAUAGUAAUUUAUCUCUGAGUGAACUAUGCGUUCAAUUACUGCAUUUACAUUUGACAUAACUACUGUAUAAUUUAGUUUUGUAUUUUCGCUCCAUGCAUUAUUUCUAAGGUUGUCACGUGACCCAGAUUUCUCGAAUAGGUAGUUUUCAAGUUAACAAUCAUCGUAAUAAUCACUGAAUUCGGUUAUUGGUAAUAAAUACACAUGAUUAUAUA